AUGGCACCCUUUCCAUCUGCCACUGAUGCUGCAAAACAUCAUAUAGUUACCAAAGGUCCACCUGUUUUCGCCAAAGCAAGGAGAAUGACCACUGACAAGCUAAAAACUGCUCUCAUAGAAUUCGUGAAUAUGCUUGAACUGGGCAUCGUUCGCUCGCCUAAAAGUCCCUGGGCGUCGCCGCUCCACAAGGCGCCCAAAAAGUCAGGAGACUGGCGUCCAUGUGGUGAUUACCGCGCGCUCAACAGCUUUACUGUUCCCGACCGAUAUCCGAUUCCUCACAUGCAGGACAGCACGGCAAGCCUGCGCGGCACGCGUAUAUUCUCGAAAAUCGAGCUAGUUCGCGCGUAUCACCAGAUUCCAGUCGCUGAAGGAGACAUACGGAAGACUGCCGUAAUCACGCCGUUUGGGCUGUUCGAAUUUUUCCGUAUGCCGUUCGGUCUUCGCAACACAGCCCAGACUUUUCAACGACUCAGCGAUACAGUCACUAGAGGACCAAAUUUUGUCUAUGCAUACAUCGACGAUAUCCUAGUUGUCAGCGCUUCUAAAGAACAGCAUGCGGAACAUCUCAAAAUACUUUUCGAUAGGCUGGCCUCUAAUAGCAUCACUGUCAACCCUGACAAUUGCGUAUUUCAGCAGCCUUCCGUCGAAGUCCUUGGCUACCACAUUGAUCAGUAUGGUAUACGGCCUCUAGACUAUAGACUCCGCGCUAUCAGAGACUUUCCGUUUCCGACUACGUUAGCCGCUGUUCGCCGUUUAAACAGCAUGCUCAACUACUAUAGACGUUUGCUUCCACACUGCGCAGCAGCUAGCCAUUAUUUGCUCCAUGUAGCAUACAAUGAACCACUCCUUGACAAUCCAGCCUUCAUUUUCCCCUGA